AUGUCAAGCAGAAUUGUAAUUGUGGGUGCUGGUUUCGCUGGAGUUUGGAGCGCCCUCUCGGCCCAACGUCUCAUCAACCUCAAGAACAAAGAGCAAGACAUUCAGGUUCUCGUCAUCGCCCCCGAACAAGCGCUAAUCCUCCGUCCUCGCCUAUACGAACCCAACCCCUCAAUGAUGAAACAACCCCUCGGACCUCUUUUUACAUCUGCCGGUAUCGAGAUCCUCCAGGGCAUCGCCGAAACCAUCGACACAAACUCUCAGACAGUGCAUGUCAAAUCCCCAUCUGGCCACGAAUCUGAUAUUACUUACGACCGGCUCGUCCUUGCGGCUGGGAGCACAGUUAUCCGACCCAAAAGUGUCGCUGGUCUCGAGGAGUAUGCCUUUGACAUCGAUUCAAUCGCAGCUGCAACCAAGCUUGAGUCUCAUAUCAAGAAUCUGGAAUCCCUUCCCGACAGCAAAGCCCGCAACACUGUGGUUAUCUGCGGCAGUGGCUUCACAGGCAUUGAAAUUGCGGCAGAGCUACCAAAUAUGCUCAAGCACAUUGAGAAACCCCGAAUUGUUCUCGUGGAAAGUGCUUCAGUCGUUGGACCUGAACUUGGAGGAGGGCCGCGUCCUACUAUCAUGAAAGCUCUGGAAAGUCUCGGUGUUGAGCUCAAGCUCGGUGCUUCUGUUAAUUCAGUUGACUUGAGUGGAGUUAAUCUUUGGUCUGGAGGGCGGAUUGAAGCGAUGACUGUUAUCUGGACCGCCGGUGUGCGAGCAACGUCCCUGACACAGCAAAUUCCUGGGCAGAAGGAUACGCUCUCCCGACUUUGCGUCGACCAAGAUCUCCGUGUUCCUGGCUGUCCUUACGUCUUUGCCACCGGUGGCGCUGCCCAUGCUGCCACUGAUACAAAAGGCAAUGUCACCAUGCCCUCAUGCCAACACGUCGUCGUCCUCGGUCGUUUCUCAGGACACAACGCAGCAGCAGACCUCCUGGGCGAGCCAACACUUCCCUACUGUCAGCCUGGAUACGGCACUUGCCUUGACCUUGGGCCUUGGGGUGCUUUGUUGGCUAAUGGGUGGGACAGGGAGGUUACAGUCACUGGCCAGAUCGCGAAACAGGUGAAGAGAUACGUCAACCAGAAAAUUAUCAUACUUCCGGACACUGCCAAGGAGGCACUAGAUGCUGCAGAUCCGGCUUCUUAUGACUCUGAAAGUCGACUUAAGCGUGUGCUCGGUGUGCUGGGGUGGACGUUGCGCAACUACGUUGGUAACAACAACAAAAGACUUCCCUAG